AUGAAGGAACAGUGGAUGUCACAGUCGCAAAAGACUCGAUGGGUCAAGACUGCCGCGAUUGUCUUGUCCGUUUGUCUGCUAUUCUACUGGCUGUCGCCGAGAGGCGUUGACGUCCACAGUGAGAUCUCUCACAAGACCGGCCACGAAACCGGCACCACGAGCACUACCCCUGACGUCAACAAACCCAACGAUGGCCAGGUGCCUACCGACUCAUCCUACGGAACCACUCGGUGUACCAAGUCCUACUCCAAAGAUAAGCCGAUUGUUCAGUAUGUCCUCAUGAUUGAUGCUGGCAGCACCGGCUCCAGAAUCCAUGUGUACAAGUUCAACAACUGCGGUCCCGUUCCCGAGCUUGAGAGCGAAGAGUUCAAGAUGACAGAAAAAUCUGUCGGGGGUCUCAGCAAGUACGCCGACGACCCUAUCGCCGCCGCCAAAACUCUGGAUCCCCUGAUGGCUGUCGCUAUGGAGAACGUCCCCGAGAAGCUCAAGCGAUGCAGCCCCGUCGCUGUCAAAGCCACCGCCGGUUUGCGCAAGGUUGGACCCCAGAAGUCCGACGCUAUCCUCAAGCAAGUGCGCGAACAUCUUGAGAACGUCUAUCCUUUUCCCGUUGUCUCUGAUGAAAAAGGUGGCGUUUCUGUCAUGGAUGGCGCCGAUGAGGGUGUCUACGCAUGGAUCACGACCAACUAUCUUCUCGGCAAAAUUGGUGGUCCCGAUAAGAGUGAGACUGCUGCUGUUUUCGAUCUCGGUGGCGGCUCGACUCAGAUUGUUUUCCAGCCUACCUUUAAGGCGGCCAAGGCUGGUGGCAUGCCUGAAAAGCUUGCCGAGGGCGACCACAAGUUCUCUCUUGACUUUGGCGGCCAGAAGUUCGAACUGUACCAGCAUUCUCACUUGGGCUAUGGUCUGAUGGAGGCCCGCAACGCUAUUCACCGGCUCCUUGUAAACGACAUGAAGAAGUCCAAGGUAGAUGACACCACCUGGCAAACCAAGCCAAUCGUACACCCUUGCAUUACCCCCGGCCGCACUCGCGAGAUCGAAGUCGAGUUUGACAAGGAUACCAAGAAGACGUACAACUUCACUGGUCCCGCCGAGCCCUCCGCUUCGCACGCCUCUCAAUGCCGCAGCCUCGCCGAACGAAUCCUCGAAAAGGACAAGGAAUGUAAGCUCGCUCCCUGCUCGUUCAACGGUGUUCACCAGCCAUCUCUCGCAAAGACCUUUGCCAAGGAGGACGUAUAUAUCUUCUCUUACUUUUACGACCGCACCCACCCCCUCGGCAUGCCCGACUCCUUUACUAUCCGUGAGCUCCAUGAUCUAGCGCAGACUGUCUGCAAGGGCCAAACGGGCUGGGGCACUUUUGACAGCGUUCCCGGUGCUCUUGAAGAGCUCAAGGGUCGUGAGCAGUACUGUCUGGACUUGAAUUUCAUGACCGUGCUUCUGCAUCACGGAUACGACAUGCCUAUUGAUAGAGAGGUCAAGAUUGCCAAGAAGAUCAAGGGCAACGAGCUGGGAUGGUGCCUGGGUGCUAGCUUGCCUCUCUUGGAGGCCGGCUCUGGAUGGUCAUGCAAAAUCAAGCAAAUCUCAUAG